GAAAAACUCUCGUGACCCCCCCUUACUACCUCAUUUCUCCCUCCUUCACUCUCUCUACUCCAUUUUCCAUCUCUCUCUAGCUGGUCAGAUUAUCGAUUCACUUCUUUUGAAUUAGUUCCACAAAUUGAUUGUGGUAGAAAGAGUAGAGAAACAAGAAGAAAAGAUUAGUUGCAGAGAGUGGGUUUUGAAUUGGGGAUUUUGAUGUUGUUGCUUCGUGUAAGGAAAUGACGUCGGAUAUGGCUCAAAGCUUGAGAUCAAGUAGGUCGUCGUUCGGGUCGAGUAAUGGGAUUGAAACCCCUUCCCACAACUCUUUUGCCACCUCAAACGGCGAUGAUUACGAUUCCGAUGGUUCCAAUUUCGCACCGCCCACGCCUAAUACACUGUCUUCAGUUAUGCCGCCCGAACUUGCCGGUGCUAUACCAUUGAUCGACAAAUUCCAGGUGGAGGGAUUUUUGAGGGCAAUGCAGAAGCAGAUUCAUUCAGCUGGUAAACGUAGUUUCUUCUCUAAAAAAACAGCCGGAAUGCAAGUUCGAGAGAAGUUCACCUUUGAGGAUAUGCUGUGUUUUCAAAAGGAUCCUAUCCCAACUUCGUUAUUGAAAAUAAACAGUGAUCUGGUCGGUAGAGCAGUUAAGCUAUUUCAAGUUAUUCUAAAGUAUAUCGGAGUUGAUUCCUCCUCCGAUCGAGUUGCUCCAACCAGCUUAGAUGACCGAAUCGACCUUGUUACCAAACUAUACAAGCAUACUCUGAAGCGCUCUGAACUUCGAGACGAACUUUUUAUGCAAAUUUCAAAGCAGACAAGAAAUAAUCUCGAUAGGCACUCUUUGAUUAAAGCGUGGGAGUUAAUGUAUUUAUGUGCAUCGUGCAUGCCACCUAGCAAGGAAAUUGGUGGAUAUAUGUCCGAGUAUGUACAUACUGUGGCACAUAACCCUAAUAAUGAUUCCGAAGUGCAAGCGCUUGCGAUGAAUACAUUAAAUGCAUUAAAGCGUUCGGGUAAGGCCGGACCAAGGCAUAUAAUACCCGGGCGCGAGGAGAUUGAUGCUGUUUUGACCGGUAAAAAACUUACAACGAUAGUGUUUUUCUUGGACGAGACAUUUGAAGAGAUUACGUAUGACAUGGCGACAACUGUAGCCGAUGCCGUCGAGGAGCUUGCUGGGAUAAUAAAAUUAUCAGCAUUCUCUAGCUUCAGUUUGUUUGAGUGUCGCAAGGCUGUCGUUGUUUCAAAAUCACCCGACAUUGGAAAUGAGGAGUAUAUUGGUUUAGAUGAUAAUAAAUAUAUCGGAGAUCUACUCGCCGACUUUAAGGCAUCAAAGGACCGAAGUAAAGGAGAGAUUUUGCACUGUAAACUCACUUUCAAAAAGAAGCUAUUUAGGGAGUCCGACGAAGCUAUUACAGACCCGAUGUUUCUGCAGUUGUCGUAUGUCCAGCUACAACACGAUUAUGUGUUAGGAAAUUAUCCCGUUGGAAGGGAUGAUGCUGCACAGCUUUCUGCUUUGCAGAUUCUCGUUGAAAUUGGAUAUGUUGUUUCUCCUGAAACAUGCACGGACUGGACAUCACUUUUGGAACGAUUCCUCCCCCGACAAAUUGCAAUUACUCGAGCCAAGAGAGACUGGGAACCGGAUGUUCUUUCUCGUUAUCGGUCAAUGGAGAAUUUGACAAAAGAUGAUGCUCGACAACAAUUCUUGCGGAUCUUGAGAACACUUCCUUACGGGAACUCAGUUUUCUUUGCCGUUCGUAAGAUUGACGAUCCCAUUGGACUUCUGCCGGGCAAAAUUGUUAUAGGAAUUAACAAGCGAGGGGUUCAUUUCUUCCGCCCGGUUCCAAAGGAGUAUCUGCAUUCAGCCGAGUUAAGGGAUAUAAUGCAGUUUGGGAGCAGUAAUACUGCCGUGUUUUUUAAGAUGAGAGUUGCUGGUGUGUUGCAUAUUUUUCAGUUUGAAACGAAGCAGGGAGAAGAAAUUUGUGUUGCCCUUCAAACACAUAUAAACGACGUAAUGCUACGCCGAUACUCCAAAGCACGUGCAGCUGCUAAUGGUUCAGUUAGUGGACAUGCUUCUGAUAUUGUUCGACCAACUAUGGACAUCAAUGAAAAGCGCGUUCUUGAACUGUCGAAAUCUCUUGAAGAAUCAGAGAACAAAAUAAAUCAAUUGCAAGAGGAUCUGCAUGAAAAGCAAAAGCAAGAACUGAAAUUGAAAGAAGAUUUGGAGAGUUUGAAAGGCAAUAUGAGGUCUGAGGAAAAAUACUUGGAAAAUAUCAUUUCCGAACGCGACCAGUUGAGAAAUUUCUGCAACGUAAAAGACACCACACUUCAGGCUGUAUUAUUGGAGAAACAAAACAUUGAGGCGAAAUUUGCGAAGCUGAAUAGUCAGGGAUUAGAGAACAACAUUAGGAAAGAGUUGGUCGAAACAAAUAACCAGGUUUUGCGUAAUAUACAAGAUGAACUAAAAGCACGCACUGUAGAGUUGCAUGCUGUAGAAGAAUCCAAAAGGAAACUUGUAAAUGAGAAAACGUCUCUUGAAGAAAGACUCUCAAGGCUUGAAAGGAAGAAUGCCGAUGAGGUUUCCAUUAUCGAGCGAAGGUUUGAACAGGAAAACAAGAUCAUGAAGUUUCGUAUUUUUGAACUUGAAAAAAAAUUAGAAGAUGCCGCAAAAAGUUUGGUUGUUGCACAAUCGACUAUUGCUAGUAAGGACUCGGAGUUGUCUGUGUUGCAAAAUAAUCUCAGGGAGUUGGAGGAGCUCAGAGAAAUGAAAGAGGAUAUUGAUAGAAAGAACGAGCAAACUGCUGCAAUUUUGAAGAUGCAAGCAGCUCAAUUGGCUGAGACGGAGGCACUCUACAAGGAAGAACAAGUCAUGAGAAAACGAUACUUUAACAUAAUAGAAGACAUGAAAGGGAAGAUUCGAGUCUAUUGUCGAUUGAGGCCUUUGAGUGAGAAAGAAAUACACGAGAGAGAAAAAAAUGUACUGGGAAAUGUAGACGAGUUCACAGUAGAGCAUACAUGGAGAGAUGGCAAAAUGAAACAACACAUGUAUGAUCGUGUUUUUGAUGGCCAUGCCACUCAAGAUGAUAUUUUUGAGGAUACUAGGUAUUUGGUACAAUCUGCCGUCGAUGGAUACAACGUUUGCAUAUUUGCUUACGGACAAACUGGUUCCGGGAAGACGUUUACAAUUUACGGAUCCGAGAACAAUCCCGGGCUCACUCCUCGUGCUAUUUCCGAAGUUUUUAGGAUUAUCAAACAUGACUCUAAAAAGCUCUCGUUUUCUUUGAAGGUGUAUAUGGUGGAGUUAUAUCAAGAUACUCUAAUCGAUCUCCUACUGCCCAAGCAAGCAAAGCGUUUGAAAUUGGACAUAAAGAAAGACUCUAAGGGAAUGGUGGUUGUGGAAAACGUCACAAUCUUGUCGAUUUCAUCAUACGAGGAGUUACGAAAUAUCAUUGACAGAGGAUCCGAACAACGGCAUACGACCGGGACACUUAUGAAUGAACAAAGUUCAAGAUCGCAUCUGAUACUCUCCAUUGUUAUCGAGACUACCAAUCUUCAAACUCAAGCUGUUGCCAGAGGAAAGUUAAGCUUUGUGGAUCUUGCUGGAUCUGAAAGAGUAAAGAAGUCAGGUUCUUCGGGUAACCAAUUGAAGGAAGCACAAAGCAUUAAUAAGUCACUUUCAGCCAUAGGUGAUGUCAUUGGAGCUUUAUCUUCCGGAAACCAACACAUCCCGUACAGAAAUCACAAGUUGACCAUGCUCAUGAGUGAUUCAUUGGGUGGCAAUGCUAAAACGUUGAUGUUUGUCAACAUAUCUCCAGCUGAAUCAAAUCUCGACGAGACUUACAACUCUUUAACGUAUGCAUCUAGAGUCCGAUCGAUUGUGAACGACCCAAGUAAAAAUGUGUCGUCGAAAGAAGUAGCUCGGUUAAAGAAGUUGGUGGCUUAUUGGAAAGAACAGGCCGGUCAAAGAGGUGAUGACGAAGAACUAGAAGAGAUCCAAGAUGAACGAACCCCAAAAAUCAAGAACGACAGUCGUCAUUCAAUGUGAGGUAUAUUGUAAACUACGUUAAUUGUUAAAAGCUUGUCCGUUGAAGGGGAUUUUCUAUCUCGGAAAUUUAGCAUUGUCCAUGUUUGGUCUGGCUCCUUCGUUGGAAUCCUUGUCCGAAAAAUUUUGUUGUGACAAGAGGGGCGUUGCUUAGGUGAGUUCAUCCGAGGUUUUUGUAUAGUAUGUGUAAAACCAUUGAGAUUAAUGCCAAUAUGUGGAAUUGAUUUUUA